AGCGGAAGAAUUAGGCAGAAAGAAGAGCAUUUGUUAAUCUGGUGAAAAGAAAAAUAAUUUGAUUUUAGUGUGGCGGUAAUGGAAUCGGAAGAAGAAAAAGGCGGUGACGACGAGGAAGUGAUGAGCGAGGUUCACCUGGGUUGUCCACCCUCCUUCUCCGGGCCCUAUAUUUCUGUUUUCACCGUUUCUGGUAUCUUAGAUGUUGCUCGCAAUCUGGAAUUCGAUGCGGACGGUGACCUUCUUCUCCCUCGACGCACCACAAAUGCACCACAUUCACGUGACGGCCUCAGUGUGAAAAUCCAGCAUAACAUCACAUCGUCAAUUUCAAAUGUUGGUCUCCAGGUUUGGAAAGCUGAACUACUAUUGUCUGAUUUUAUAUUGCAUAGAGCAUCCUGUUCCUCUCAACUUCACGGAGUUACGGCAUUAGAACUUGGCGCUGGAACUGCCAAGCAUGGAGAUUGUGGCGCCUCCUACGCUAGCUCCGAAGCGGGUGUCUAUGCAUUCGUCUGGGCGAGAUUGAAGACCAACAUGCUGCCCAAUUUUCGAUUUCACCCUUCUCCUUCCUUCUUUCAAUUCCAAAUUCAAACAACCCUCUCCUUCCUUUUUAAGCUAUUCAAUCUACCACAAGCACCACACCUAGCUACCACCAAUCCAUCACACCUUUGUCGCCGCCGAAGCACUACAUAACCGCACCAUCACAAGUGUCGGUUUCUCUUUCGGUAUCAAGUCAUGUUCUCAGUUUCGAAACGACACCACUUUGUGGAGGUUGUCGACGAUGAAGCAUGAUGAUAUCAUUGCAAGUGUUCUAGAGAUGUUGGGUUUUGCAGAUAUGGUUUGUCCCUUGUGUUGGUUAUUGGGUUGUUGAGAUUUGGGUUGGGACUGUAAGUGAGAGUUUUAUCUGGUUUGAAUGUGCAUAUCUGAUUUGGAAAAGGAAAUUUACAGGUCUAAAGCUGAAAAAGGAAAAAGAAAAAGGGAAAGGGAAGGUCAUCAAAAAUAUUCUCCAUGGCAGUGUGCAGUAGUUGGAUAA